UUCUUGUAAGUUGUACAACCCUGUACAACCCUAAGGUCCCUAAGUCACCCAAUCGUGCACCCUUAGAAUUUCGUGAUUUUUUUUAGAAUUAUUGAGCGUCACCUCCAGAUUUUUGGUUGUUGUUCUUUGAUGAAAUGUCUGAGUGCAAAAAGAAUAAAAAAAGUAAUCAAAAUAUAGUGGAUUUGAUUGGUUUUGUCUUUCGGAAAGUCUAUUAUUAAAAUUAACAUGUCUGAUGAUGAUAGCUUGUCAGGGCCAGAAAUACGACGAAAGAUAAUCAACCGCAUCGAAGAUAGCGACAGUGACUCUGAUUGUCCUUCAAAGCCGGAGUCAGUAAAUAAUGAUGUCGACGAGAAAAAUAAAAAAGUGCAAUUUUUAAUGUCGGUACAUCCAUCGAUUGCUAUUGAUCAACUUGAACAAGCUCUUGAGAAUGUCAACUGGAAUGUCGAUGAUGCGGAAAAAUAUGUUAUAAAUAAAAGGAAACAUUCUAUAGAUUCGUCACAAAGAAUAAAAAAAAAACGGAAACGUCGAGGAUCAGACGAUGAAGAUGUUGAUACAGACGAAGGAAAUUACAAAAGAAAACAAGCUAAAGUUUUUGAUAGUGAUGAUGAUUCAGAUGUGGAAGUAUCAAAUCACUUGACACCUUAUAAAAAAUCUGUAUUGGAAUUCAUGCAAAAUGCACAAAUGAGUGAGCUUCUGAUGAUGCACCAGUGCUCUUUAAAAAAAGCUGAAGGAAUAAUGAGUGCUCGUCCAUUUGAUAAUUGGCGAGAUCUUGUUCAUAAAUUUCAAAAUUAUAAAUAUCUUGAUACAGAAUUAUUGAAUUCAGCUCAAACUCUGUUAGAAACAAGAAAUGUUGUUGCUAAUUUGAUGAAAAAAUGUUUAAAAUUGUCUGCUGAUAUGGAAAAAGCUGUUGCAGAUGGUGCAUCAAUGAUAAAAGAACAACCAAAAACAUUAUCACCAAAUUUAAAAUUAGCUCCUUAUCAAAUGAUUGGUUUAAAUUGGUUAGCAGUGAUGCAUUCACAUCAUGUGAAUGGAAUACUUGCUGAUGAAAUGGGACUUGGUAAAACAGUUCAAGUAAUUGCAUUUUUAACAUAUAUUAAAGAAGCUGGAUUAUCAAGUCCUCAUGAUGGACCUCAUUUAAUUGUUGUACCAUCAUCAACAAUGGAAAAUUGGGAAAACGAAUUGGAACGUUGGUCACCAGGUUUGAAUGUUGUUCAAUAUUAUGGUUCUCAAGAUGAGCGCAGAGAAAUGAGAAUGGGUUGGCGAAACGGUGAUUUGGAAGAUGUAGAUGUCAUCGUUACCACGUACAAUGUCAUUACUAAAACCCCAGAAGAAAGAAAACUAUUCAAAGUUAUGAAAACUCAAUAUGUCAUUUUUGAUGAGGCUCAUAUGCUUAAAAAUAUGAAUACCAUUCGUUACGAUCAACUAUGGAGAAUAAAUGCGAGGCAUAGAAUUCUUUUGACUGGCACACCGCUACAAAAUAAUUUACUGGAACUCAUGUCAUUAUUGAUUUUUGUAAUGCCGUCUAUUUUUGCAGGAAAGCAAAAUGAUCUUAAGAGUCUUUUUUCUAAAAACCCGAAAGUAAACACCGAUAAAAACAAUUCAAACUUACCUGGUUUUGAAAAAGAACAAGUAGAUAAUGCAAAAUUGAUUAUGAGACCAUUUAUUUUGAGAAGAUUAAAAUCUGAAGUUCUUAGUGAUUUGCCAAAAAAAACUGAAACAAUAAUUAAAUGCAGUUUAACAAAAAAACAAAAUGAAAUGUAUAAAAAUAUGAUGGCUCGUUUUACAGAAGAAGCUGGACAAGGUAACUUAAAUGGUGUUGGAAUGAUGAUGAAACUCAGAAAAUUGGCAAAUCAUCCGUUGUUAACACGCGAUUAUUACAAUGAACAAAAAUUAGAAAUAAUAUCACAAAAAUUAGCGAGAGAUCCAACAUAUAAAGAAAAUAAUCCACAAUAUGUUUUUGAUGAUCUUCUGUUGAUGUCAGAUUAUCAAAUAAAUCAACUAUCAAGGACACAUAAAUGUCUUGCUGGAAUGGGUCUUCCACAAGAACUAGUUCCACAAGCCGGAAAACUGGUGAUGCUUGAUAAUAUUCUACCAACUUUUAAAAAAGACGGACACAGGGUUUUAAUUUUUAGCCAAUUUACAAUGGUUCUUGAUGUUCUGGAAGAAUACUUGACAAUGAGGGGACAUAGAUUUUUAAGAUUGGACGGACAAACUCCAGUUCCUGAAAGGGGUGCCCUCAUCGAUGAAUUUGCUGAUGAUCCAUCAAUUUUCAUUUUUCUCUUGUCCACAAAGGCAGGUGGUCUGGGUAUAAAUCUUACUUGCGCUGAUACUGUGAUUAUUCAUGACAUCGAUUUUAAUCCAUAUAAUGAUAAACAGGCUGAAGAUCGUUGUCAUCGCGUCGGACAAAAAAAACCUGUUAAAAUAAUCCGGUUAUUAGGUGAAGAAACGAUAGAAGAGGGAAUGUACGAUAUAGCCCAAGAUAAAUUACAUUUAGAAGCUCAAAUAACUGGAAAUGAAGGUAACGAAAAUAAUAAAAGGAGUAUUUUGAAAUUACUCAAAGCUACUCUGGGACUGGAUCCGCAUAGCAAAAUGUUAACAUCACCAAUUUCGAGCCCCGAAAAAACGUUAAAUGGCUUUGAAGAGGAGGAUUUUUAGCUCAAUUCAGUAUUCAUGACUUUUUUUAUAAUCACGUAAUUUUUAUUAUAAAUUAAUAAUUUUCAUUUUAAAAACUUUAUACUUUCAUCACAUUCAAUCGUGUCGAUUAAAUCAUAGUGACACAACAAUUUUAAAAAAUACUGCUAAAUAUAAUUAUGAAAACAAGAAUUGUAAAUUUAAAUUAUUGUUCGUUUGCUUGAUGAUUUAGAGAUAGACUACAAAUCAAAUAACAAACUAAUUUUAAUUCUAUUAUUUAUAUUUUACAAUUAUAGUUUUUGAUGUAUGUUUCAAUCAAUAUUGUAUAUUAAAUUGUAUUUGAUAAAAUCAAAUCAGUAAGUUUUUCAUAUGAUUAAAGUCAAGUAAUAAAUUGGGAAAACUUUCAUUGAUAAUAAAAAAAAAACAUCUAUCAUUUUUGUACCCAAAAAAACCUAAACUUUUUUUUAUAUCCAUAGAGUAAUCAAAAAAUGUUAAAUAUACAAAAAAAAUCUUAAAAUUUAGAGUACAGAUCUGCUAAUUUGCUAGAUACAGAAAAACAAAAAUCAAGGGACGAAAACUAAAAUUUUGAAGACUCCGAUAGAUGUGGUGUAAUCACUAUCCAGUGUAGUUAUUUUAGUUUUUUUUAUCGUCUAUGGUUCUCGUAUAUUAUUAAUAACAAUUUAAUGUGUGUCUUUAGGAACACUUGAUUAAUUUUUAUUCAUUUUUAAUAAAUGUAAAUAAAAAUGAAUAC